GUCAGAGAGCUUCAGAUUUAGUUACGGCGAUGUGACAGAACUAAAAAGGCCUCAGAAUGGCUCUUCUAGAGAAUUGAGAGAUUCUUCUCACCAACCGCAACUAAUCUCUUUCUAUCACUUCUUCAAUGGAAAAUCAUCACAUCUCGUCGGAGUCGGAGGAAGAGGAAUUCUCCGACCGCUUCGUCUGCUGCAUGUGUCUGGAACUUCUGUACAAGCCUAUAGUGCUCUCCUGUGGGCACGUUUCGUGUUUCUGGUGCGUGCAUCGAUCCAUGAGUGGUGAAAAGCAAUCUCAUUGCCCGCUUUGUAGGCAUCCCUAUAAUCACUUUCCGACUAUAUGUCAAUUGCUUCAUUGUUUACUGCUCAACUCGUAUCCUGUUGCUUAUAAGAAGAGGGAAUUGCAAAUUCUAGAAGAAGAGAAGAAAACUGGCUACUUCUCACCACAGCUUGAUGUUCAGGCUUGGAGCUCACAAGCUAAUCAAGACUCAAAUAUUCCGGGCGACUCUGUAAGCAAAGAGUUGAGUGCAAGUAUGCAGGAAACAGUUUUCGAUUCAUAUAAUCUAAACAAUGCCAUAGCGGUUUCUAGGCCUGCUGAUGGUGGAGACUAUGAGGGAAUGGAGAAUGUUACUGAGCAAGUAAAGUAUCCCCUGUUAUCUCAGCAGCAGAGCGGAAGUCCCAAGCAGAUUUCAGUUGCAGAUGUGCUUUGUGCUGCUUGCAAACAACUGCUGUUUCGUCCUGUGGUUCUUAACUGUGGCCAUGUAUAUUGUGAAAGUUGUAUCGUCAAACAAGAUGAAGAGAAGAUUAGAUGUCAAGUUUGUCAAAGUUUCCAUCCAGCCAGAUAUCCAAAAGUUUGUUUGGAUCUGCAAAACUUUUUGAUAGAACAGUUUCCUAAAGAACUUGCACAUAGAAGAGAUGGUGUACAGCGUAACCAUGUUAAUCCAACUACAUGUGAAGGCAAAAGCAGUAAAGAAGCAGAGAAGUCAUCAUCGGGUUCAUAUCACAGAGGAGUUGGCUGUGAUUAUUGUGGGAUGUAUCCGAUAAUUGGGGAUAGAUACCGGUGCAAAGAUUGUGUGGAGAAAAUCGGAUUUGACCUUUGCAAUGAUUGUUAUAAUACUAGUUCCAAGCUUCCAGGUCGAUUUAAUCAGCAACAUACAGCAGAACACCAGUUUGAGCUUAUACGCAGCGACAUUAUUCGUGGGUCAGUUAAGGAUAAUGAGUGAGCGGUUAGGGGAAGCUUCUUUUGCUGUUUUACUGGCUCACAUGUCAGGGAUUCCAGACGAAGAUGCUGGGAAUAGAGAGCUCCUCCAUGCUCCCUCCACGAAUAGUGAAAAUGAUGAGGAUGAUCAAGAUGGCUCUCAACCAAGUUUUCAGCACGGUGGCAUUUGAGGCUUGUGUUUUGUUUGGCUUGUAGAUGCUUCCUUAUGUUGUAAAUAAUGUCUUUUCCCAAGAUUAUAUCAUGGCAAAGGUUUCUAUGGAAGACUACUAGAUUGUACAGCUUUAGAAGUUUCGUGAUCUAGGAUAUAAAUUCAGAAGAUAUUGAUAGUGUACAAACUAUUUAUAAAUGAGAAAAUGGAUGUUCUCUUA